AUGCCGUUCAUGAAAGGAAGAGCACCUAUUCGACGUACUUUAAACUAUUUAAACGCCGGGAGAUUAGUUUUGAAGGAUAAAAUCAAAAUAUUCUCAGUGGCUUACAAUAUUAAUGGACAAAACAAUUCCGGAGCUAAGGAGUUUGUAUUUUGGUAUUUACCACAGAUUCAAUAUAAAAAUCCUGACGUGCAGGUGGCAACGUUGAAGAAUCUGACUCCAUCACCAUUUAUCAAAUGUUAUUUUGAAGAUGGAAGAAAAAUUUUAGUUGAUGUUGACAAUAAAUCUAAAGAAGAAAUUCUAGAGCAUUUAAUUAAUACUGUUGGAAAAUCAAAAGAAGUACUAGAACAGGAAGCGAUAGCUGCGGAAAAGAAGGACAAUCCUGCAAACUUUGGCAUCGGUUGUGAGCGUCCAUGCAUUUGUGAGGUUUAUGGACAGGUGCCAUGUCCCGGAGUAGUGCCGUUACCAAAGUUCAUGAGAGGAAAGUACAAAAAUGCCACAGAUUAG